AUUCAUAAUGCUCUCUGUCUCAUGAUACUUCUCCUAUUUUCCCAUUCAGAAACCAAAGAAAAUUCAAAGAACAAUAACAAACAAACUCAUACCGGGUGAUCAGCAAACACACUGAUAUGGUUGUCUUUCUUUGAGCUUCUGCUUGAAGAGGCUAAAGGAAACUUUCUUUUUUCUGCUCCGGAAUCAGAAAUGAAUUCUGUUCAUUUCCUGGUUUCUCUGCUUCUUCUCUUGCUCGCAUUUCCUAGUCUGCAAUCUGUUCGAGGAAAUGCAGAGCUCAGAGCUUUGAUGGGGUUGAAGUCGUCUCUGGAUCCAGAGGGCAAGGUUCUUGGUUCUUGGACUAGUGAUGGCGAGCCGUGUAGUGGCUUGUUUGAAGGGAUAGCAUGCAACGAGCACAGGAAAGUGGCAAACAUUUCGUUGCAGGGAAAGGGGCUCUCAGGAUGGCUCUCUCCUGCAGUGGCUGAACUCAAGUGUUUGUCUGGUUUAUACCUGCACUACAACAAUCUCUCUGGAGAGAUCCCCAGUGAGAUUUCAAAUCUCACUGAUUUGAUUGAUCUCUAUCUUGACUUUAAUAAUCUGACUGGAAGCAUACCUCCUGAGCUCGGCAACAUGCCCAAUCUCCAAGUGCUGCAGUUAGGAUAUAACCAGCUCGUGGGAACUAUACCAAAAGAGAUGGGCUCCUUGAAGCAGCUUACUGCCUUAGAAUUGCAACGUAACAAAUUAACUGGUAAAAUUCCUCUGAGCUUGGGGAAUUUGGAGAAGCUAAGGAUGCUAAAUCUGAGUUUUAACAGCUUCAAUGGUUCAAUCCCCGCUACACUAGCUGAUCUUGCAAACUUGCAAGUUCUUGAUAUUCGAAACAAUUCUCUAUCAGGAAGGGUUCCUACUGCUUUGAAGAUAUUGAAGGAUGGAUUCCAAGGUGCAAAUAACCUGGAUUUAUGUGGACGUGGGUUUUCUACUUUGAAAGCUUGCAGCAAUGAUCCAACUUUAAAUCCUAACCAGAUUGGCACUUCAAAUCCAACCACAGAAAGUAUUCCUGCAAAGGAUUUUCCUGAACCUGCGAAUUUUCAGCUGCAUUGUAACCAGACCCAUUGCUCAAAAUCAAGAAUGUUUCCUCAAGCACUCAUUGCAGCAAGUGUUAUAACAGUCAUAAUCACAUUCAUAUGCGUUGGACUUUUUACUUUUCUCAGGUACCGUCGCCAAAAGCAAAGAAUCACAAAUUCAUCAGAAUCUUCUGAAGGGAAACUUAGUCCUGAUCAGCCUAAAGAAUUGUACAAAAGAAGUCCAUCGCCACUCGUUAAUCUUAAUUACUAUAAUGGAUGGGAUCCAAUGGCUGAUGCUCAAAAUGGAAACAGAUUAUCCCAUGAAUACCUAAACCGUUAUAGGUUUAAUGUGGAUGAGAUUGAAUCUGCUACACAGUACUUCUCUGAGGCUAACUUAUUAAGUAAAAGCAAAUUAUCAGCAGUCUACAAAGGAAUCCUCAGGGAUGGCUCCCUUGUGGCUAUAAGAAGCAUUAAUGUGACAUGCUGCAAGAGUGAGGAAACUGAAUUUGUAGAUGGAUUGAACUUGGUACUUUCAUUGAGACAUGAAAACCUAGUUAGGCUCAGAGGUUUCUGUUGCUCAGCAAGUAGAGGUGAAUGUUUCCUUGUCUUUGACUUUGCCCCUAAGGGUGACCUGUCUAAGUACCUUGACAUGGAAGAUGGAAGCGGUCAAGUUCUUGACUGGUCCAAGAGGGUUUCUAUCAUCAAGGGCAUCGCUAAAGGUAUUGGACAUCUACACAGCAAUGAAACAAACAAGCCUACAAUGGUGCAUCAAAAUAUUUCUGUUGAAAAGGUUGUCCUUGACCAUCAAUUCAACCCCUUGAUUAUGGAUUCUGGCCUCCCAAAGCUUCUUGCAGACGAUGCAGUUUUCUCAGCUCUGAAAGUAAGUGCUGCCAUGGGAUACUUGGCUCCAGAAUACAUUACUACUGGGAAAUUCACUGAGAAAAGUGACAUAUAUGCAUUUGGGGUUAUCAUCCUUCAAGUAGUAUCUGGGAAAACUGUCAUAGGUAGUUCAAUAAAGAUGGCAGUUGAGUCAUUCAGAUUUGAAGAUUUUGUCGAUUCAAAUCUGAAGGGACGAUAUGCGAAAUCUGAAGCAGCAAUGCUGGCGAAGCUUGCAGUUAUGUGUACUCAUGAGCUUCCCGACCAGAGGCCGACAAUGGUGGAAGUGAUUCAGGAGAUGAAUGCAUUUCCUGCUCAACAUACUUCUUGAUUCGUGUAUUUCGCUUACUAUGUGGGAAUUAAGAGACGCUGAAACAUCUUCCAAAUAAACGUAAAUUUAAAUGGAAUUCUCUUGCUAAAUACAAGGACUCUAAUAAAGGUUAUGUCCCA